UUGAUUAUCUUUUUUCCGAAAUGUCACAUCGCUAAAAAUUUCAACAAAUUGGCAGCACAAUUUAUCGUCGAAAUUAAAAUGUGUUAAAAGGUGCAAUUGCGGUAACUGCUUUAAACGAUUGAUGAUUUUACUUUUAAAGUGAAAAUAGAGAAAUAUGACAAAAUUAAACAAGAAAGUUCCACUGGCGCAGGUGUCCAAAGUGCUUAUAGACACGUUGAGGGCACUGAGGAUGUCUGGCGGUUGCACUUUGCCGAUGAUCAAGGAGUACAUUCUGGAUACGUACGGAGACUCAAAGGCGGAUGUGAUUCUCAACCAGUUACCGGUGGUUAUUAGGAAAGGCAUUAGCUUCGGUGCCAUAAAGAGGGCAGAUGGAUAUUACAAAUUGGAUUCUAUAAUGACUAUGGCAGCUAGAAAGGCGAAAAGGAUGAGACACCGAAGGCGUCGCCGCAGGGGCAGUAAAAGCCGCCGAAGGAGACGAAGGAGGAGGUUUUAAUCGAGU